AUGAGGAUGACGGGGGGUUUCGGCUGGAUGAGGGCGUGGGCGAUGGCGAAGCUCACCUCGACGAUGGCCGCGAUGACGACGAAGGCGGCGAUGGUCCAGGACACGCAUCGGGACGAGCAGCACGCGGAGGUGGUUUGGCUGGAGGACUUCUUCUCGUUGCGGUGGCGCUCGACGAUCUUGGCGUGCUCCGGUGGUGGGACGGCGAAGAUUUGGUCCUUGGGGAUCUGGAUGACGUAG